AUGACAACGUCGAGUUCUAUUCCACAGCAUACUGUUGUGCUGGGUUCGUACACAAACACCUACCCCUGUUACCAAUCCAUCGAGGCCGGUGGCACCACAAUCACAGUACCAUAUUUAUGGUCGGGGAAAUACGAGACAACAAAAGUGUUUACAAAAGGCUAUAUGGCCCAUGCAGCAUGGGAGAUUUCAUGGGCGGCCUCGGACAUAGCUACCAUGUAUCCAACACCGCCGUCGCUUGAUUCAGACCAGUAUAUUCCGACUUGGGUGCCGGGGCAGAGCCUCACUCCUCCUCCGGAAGCGACGCAUCGGGAACACAACCCGGUUGCGAAGGAGAACAAAUUUCUCCAGAUUGGCAUUCCAAUCAUUGUCAUCGCGGCCGUUGCAGGCUGCGUUUGGUGUUGUAUCGCGAUCAAAAGAGCAGAUCGCCGGGAGGCGCCCCAACGGGCACAGUGGCGAUUGGAUCACCGAACUAGUAUAUUCAGAUCUCAAAAUCCAACAGGCACUGUUCACGAUCCAACGAGCGCCAUUCAGGAUCCAACGAGCACUGUUCAGGAUCCGACAAGCACUGUUCACAAUCCAACGAGCAAUUCACCGGAAGGCGCCCCAGUUGGAAUAGUGGCGAGUGGAGCACUCAGAUAA